AUGAACUACGUUUCUAAGAAGCGCUUCUUUGUGCUCACCGGCGAGUCUCUCCUGUACCACCACGACCACAAGAACCUGGACGACCCGCUCAACUCCAAGGAGAUCAUCCUCGACGAGAAUAGCGUCAUCUCCUUUUCCAACGAGCCAAGCUUGGGCUUCGCCAUCGAGCUCAUCGCCGACGGCAAGCUCAAGGGUUCGACACGAGGCUACCUGAUGAAGCUCCGGGCGGGCACACCGACGCCCGCGAGCGCUCCGAUGCACCAGGCCCCUCUCGGUGCUGCGGUGACUAGCGGUGACUUCAACCACGUUCCCCAGCACCAUGUCCCGGACGUGAAUGUAAAUAGAACCCGAUAG